AUGCACCUGCAGCAGAGCCCCCUUCUGAACAUGACCGACGGAAGCUUCUCUCUCGCCGGCCACUUGGUGAGGAGCCCCGGGGGGAACCCGUCGAGGCUGCACAGCAUAGAAGCCAUCUUGGGAUUUACCAAAGAGGACCCCCUUCUGGGAGGCUUUCAGGGCCAGGAUGCCAGUGGCACCGUCAGGCCCGGGGAAGAGGUGGAGAAGAGGAGCCCCAGGGACUGUUUCCCCAAAAUGCCGGCCGGGGAACCCCAAGGGCCGGAGGGGCCAGAGAUGGAGGAUCCCACUGCAGAGCGCUUCCCAGAUCCCUACUGUCCAAAACGCUCAGAGGAAUGCCUGAGCCCAGAACUGCCCGCCUGCAACAACAGCGACGGGAAGUUUUCUGAUGAAGACCAGCCCAAGAAAAAGCACCGGCGGAAUCGUACGACCUUCACCACCUACCAGCUGCAUGAACUAGAGCGAGCCUUUGAAAAAUCCCACUAUCCGGACGUGUACAGCCGAGAGGAACUGGCCAUGAAAGUCAACUUGCCUGAAGUGAGAGUUCAGGUGUGGUUUCAGAACCGAAGAGCCAAAUGGAGGAGGCAGGAGAAGUUGGAGGUGACUUCUAUGAAGUUGCAGGAUUCCCCCAUCCUCUCCUUCAACCGCUCUCCACAGCCUUCCACCAUCGGGACCAUUGGCAGCAACUUGCCCCUGGAGUCGUGGCUGAGCCCUCCCAUGUCCAACAGCAGCCCCCUCCAGACUCUACCCAGCUUCGUGGCUUCCCCGCAAAGCCUCCCCAGCAGCUACACACCUCCCCCUUUCCUGAACUCUCCGCCCAUGGGUCACGCUUUGCAGCCGCUCGGGGCCAUGGGGCCUCCUCCACCCUACCAAUGCGGGACCAACUUUGUGGACAAAUUCCCGCUGGAAGAGGUGGACCCUCGGAACACUAGCAUAGCUGCGUUACGGAUGAAAGCGAAGGAGCACAUCCAAUCCAUGGGGAAACCGUGGCAGACGAUUUGA